UGGAAUGGGAAUUCAACCAUGUCAAGGAGGUCGCUGUAUGGGCUUUACCCCUACAAGUCCAGCAUGAUUGGUCUGGAGAACCUGGGCGAUCCUUCAGGGAACUGGGACAUCGUGGAGACCAUCGGCAAAGGAACGUACGGGAAGGUCUACAGAGUGACCAAUAAGAAGGACGGGAGCCAGGCGGCGGUGAAAGUGCUCGACCCCAUCAAUGACGUGGACGAGGAGAUUGAGGCUGAAUACAACAUUUUGCGGUCCCUGUCCAACCAUCCCAAUGUGGUCAAGUUUUAUGGGAUGUUUUACAAGUCGGACCAUCUGUCAGGGGGACAGCUGUGGCUGGUGCUCGAGCUGUGCAACGGCGGCUCCGUCACGGAACUCAUCAAGAGCCUGCUCAUGCGAGGCCAGCGUCUGCAGGAGCCCGUUAUCUCCUACAUCUUAUACAGCGCCCUCUUGGGGCUCCAGCAUUUGCACAACAACCGGAUUAUCCACCGUGACGUCAAAGGGAACAACAUCCUCCUGACGACCGCUGGAGGAGUCAAACUGGUUGACUUUGGUGUUUCGGCUCAGCUGACCAGCGCACGACUGAGGAGGAACACGUCAGUCGGGACGCCGUUCUGGAUGGCUCCAGAGGUCAUAGCCUGCGAGCAGCAGUACGACUACUCGUACGACGCCCGCUGUGACGUGUGGUCCCUGGGCAUCACGGCCAUCGAGCUGGCGGACGGAGACCCCCCGCUGGCAGACAUGCAUCCGGUUAAAGCCCUCUUCAAGAUCCCCCGAAAUCCUUCACCCACAUUGCAAAACCCAGACCAGUGGUGCAGGAGUUUCAGUCAUUUCAUCGGCCAGUGCCUGAUCAAGGAUUUCGAGGCACGCCCGUCCGUCACCCACCUCCUGGAGCACCCCUUCAUCCACCAGGCCCACGGGAAAGACGUGGCCCUCCGUCAGCAGCUGGCCGCCCUCAUCCGGGAGCAGCAGGAGUUGGGCUGCAAAACCAAAACCAAGCACGAGCGGAUCAAUACUCGUAAAACCCUCAUAAUAGAGAGCUGCCCGGAUGAUGAUCUGGUAAAUCUGGAGUUCUUAGAUGAGGAGACGAUAAUCAGCCAUCUCCACAAGAGAUACGACGAGCUGCAGGUGUAUACUUACGUUGGAGACAUCCUCAUCGCUCUCAAUCCUUUCCAGAAUCUCAGCAUCUACUCUCCCCAGUUCUCUAAGCUGUACCACGGCGUGAAAAGAGCUGAAAAUCCUCCGCACAUCUUUGCCACGGCAGACGCAGCCUACCAGGGAAUGGUGACAUUCUGCAAAGACCAGUGUAUCAUCAUCAGCGGGGAGAGCGGCGCGGGGAAAACGGAAAGCGCUCAUCUGAUUGUUCAGCAUCUUACCUUCCUGGGAAAGGCGAACAAUCGGACUCUCCGUGAGAAGAUCCUGCAGGUGAACCCCCUGGUGGAGGCCUUCGGAAACGCCUGCACGGCCAUCAACGACAACUCCAGCCGCUUCGGCAAGUACCUGGAGAUGAAGUUCACGCCGACCGGGGCGGUCAUCGGCGCCAAGAUAUCCGAAUACCUGCUGGAGAAAUCCAGGGUCAUCAAACAGGCAGCGGGGGAGAAAAACUUCCACAUAUUUUAUUACAUAUAUGCCGGACUUUACCACCAGGACAAGCUGAGGGCCUACAGGCUGCCCGACCGGACGCCUCCCAGGUACAUCGACAGCCGGCACUGCAAAGUGAUGCAGGACAUCGUCUCCAGCAAACUGUACCAGGAGCAGUUCGACGCCAUUCAGGAGUGCUUUAGAAACAUCGGCUUCACUGAAGAUGAGGUGAACUCUGUGUAUCGGAUUCUUUCGGCCAUUUUGAACACCGGCAACAUUGAAUUUGCUUCCAUCACGUCUCAGCACCAGACCGAUAAGAGCGAAGUUCCGAACUCAGAGGCCUUAGAAAACGCCGCCUGCCUGCUCAGCAUCGGCCCCGAGGAGCUGCAGGAGGCGCUGACCUCUCAGUGCGUGGUCACGCGGGGCGAGACCAUCAUCCGCACCAACACCGUGGACAAGGCGGCCGACGUCCGCGACGCCAUGUCCAAGGCGCUGUACGGACGCCUCUUCAGCUGGAUCGUGAACCGCAUCAACUCGCUGCUGCAGCCCGACAUGAAUAUCUGUGCCGCAGAGAGCUGCAUGAAUGUGGGAAUCCUGGACAUCUUUGGAUUCGAAAACUUCAAGAAGAACUCGUUUGAACAGUUGUGCAUCAACAUCGCGAACGAACAGAUCCAGUUUUACUUCAACCAGCACAUAUUUGCCCUGGAACAGAUGGAGUACCAGAGCGAGGGGGUGGAUGCCAGCCUGGUGGAGUACGAGGACAACAGGCCCAUCCUGGACAUGUUCCUGCAGAAGCCCAUGGGUCUGCUGUCCCUGCUGGACGAGGAGAGCCGCUUCCCCCAGGCCACCGACCAGACCCUCGUGGAUAAAUUUGAGGACAAUUUGCGCUGCAAAUAUUUCUGGAUCCCCAAGCGAAUGGAGUUCUGUUUUGGAAUUCAACAUUAUGCGGGAACGGUGAUGUACAGUGUGAAUGGAUUUCUGGAGAAGAACAGAGACACGCUUCCUGCAGACAUCGUGGUGGUUUUGAGGACGUCAGAGAACAAGCUCUUGCAGCAGCUGUUUUCCAGCCCCUUAACUAAAACAGGAAAUCUGGCCACGUCCAGGGCUCGGGUCACUGCUGCCUCCAGAUCUCUGCCUCCCCAGCUCAGCUCAGGACGAACCAAGUCUCCCAAAUACCUAUUGAAGGUGGACACCAUGGAGAUGAUGCGCCACCCCGACGAAACCACCAACAUGAGGAGACAGACCGUGGCCUCCUAUUUCCGUUACUCCCUGAUGGACCUGCUGUCUAAGAUGGUGGUGGGCCAGCCGCACUUCGUGCGCUGCAUCAAGCCCAACGACGACAGGCAGGCGCUGCGCUUCUGCGAGGAGCGGGUGAUGGUGCAGCUGCGCUACACGGGCAUCCUGGAGACGGUGAACAUCCGCCGGCAAGGCUACUCCCACCGGAUCCCGUUUGAGGACUUCGUCAACAGAUAUUACUAUCUCGCAUUUCGGGCUCACGAAAUGCCCGAGUCCAGCAAAGAGAACGCCAUCGCCAUCCUGGAGCGGGCCAAGCUUAAAGAAUGGGUGCUGGGAAAGACAAAGGUGUUUCUGCGGUACUACCAUGUGGAGCAGCUGAACCUGCUGCUGCGGGAGGUAAUCGCUCGCGUUGUGGUGAUGCAAGCCUACACCAAAGGCUGGCUGGGGGCCCGACGUUACCGCAAAGUGAAGGAGAAGAGGAGCCGCGGGGCCGUCGUCAUUCAGUCAGCCUGGAGGGGCUACGCUGCCCGGCAGAACCUCAAGCAAAUAAAAAAGGAGCGGGAAGAGGCGGCCGUGCGCAUUCAGUCAGUUUACAGAGGCCAUAGGGUACGUCGGGACUACGGACCCCAGAGGCACAGAUGUCACCCUGAGGCUGGAGGAAAGACCACCAAGGAGCAGCACACGGGGUACGCCGCGAAGAGCAAGGAAGCACAAACAGAUCACAAACAUAGAGGAAAUGUUGGCCCUGACAGCCGAGACAGACAAGUGAAAGACAUCAAGAGAGACAAAGGCAGAGCAGAAGACAGUGUGACGAAGCCUCGCAGGGAGACAGCGAGACUGCGAGACAUGCAGUGUAAACAAGGUCCAGUGAUGAAGCUGCAGCAGAGAACUCCUCGCCGGCGGGGCCAGCAGCCCAAGCUGCUCAACAGCCCCGAAGACAGCCUGUACUACAACCAGCUAAAUAGAACUCUGGAUUACCAGGGGAGCAAGAGGAAGCCGAGAAAACUUGGUCAAAUCAAAGUGCUGGACGGAGAAGAUGAGUACUACAAAUUACUGUCAACUGUGGAGUCAAUCCCCGAGGAAGAGUACGCCAUCACCCCCCCUCCCGCCCUUUCGAGCGGGCCGCUCGUCAGUCAGGGCUGAGCCUUACAACCAUGUCAGCUGGUUGCCUUCUUCACUGCUGAACUGGACCAAAACCCA